AUGGAUGCCCGAGAGGGUGUAUGGUCUCCAGAAAAUGGAGACUUCAUCAGCGACGGGCCAGACAUCCUUACAAAGACCGAUAUUGAACGCCUUGGACGAGAGCGGCCAUCCAUGCUCACCAAGGCAUCAGAAGUCGGUUUCGUGUUCACAAUUAUUGUCUCCAUGAUGAUGAGCGAGUACUUCAUCAGUGGCUUCAACAUCAUUCUCCCAACUGUUGCCGACGAAUUGCGCAUGCCGGACUCCCAGCGGACUUGGCCGUCCGAGGUUAUCAACCUCACCACAGCAGCACUGCUCCUCCCAUCCGCCCGUCUUUGUGACCAAUACGGCGGGCGCAUCAUCUUCCUGCUCGGCCACGCGUGGCUCAUGACAUGGUCUCUCAUCGCAGGCUUUAGUCAGAACCCAACGAUGCUCAUUGUUUGCAGGGCGUUACAAGGCAUAGGUUCUGGAGCUUUCCUGCCCGCUGGUAUAGCUCUCCUGGGCCAGACUUACAGACCUGGCCCUCGAAAAAACUUAGUUUUCAGCUUUUACGGUGCCAUGGCAUGCAUCGGUUUCUACUUUGGCAUCUUCAUGGGAGCUAUAGCUGGCCAACUGCUGGACUGGAGGUGGUACUUCUGGAUCGGCACGAUCCUCGUCCUCAUGAACUCGGUGACAGGGUUCCUGACCAUUCCGAGGCACUUGGGUGACGGAGACCCUGGCGUUCGCAUGGACUGGUGGGGCUUUGCCACCAUCGUUCCGGGCAUAGUACUCGUGGUGUAUGCCCUGACCGAUGGCAGCCAUGCACCGAAUGGCUGGGCAACGCCAUAUAUUAUCGUAACAUUCGUGGUUGGCGUUCUUUUGCUCUGUGCCGCUGUGUACAUCGAAGGCUGGGUGGCAGAGCAGCCGCUGCUUCCGUUCGAGUUGUUCAAAGCCAAGUAUAUGAGGAGGCUUUCAAUCUCUAUGUUCUGUUGCUACGGUGUAUUUAGUCUGUUUCUGUUCUACUCCAGUUAUCAUCUGCAAAACGUUAUUCACACUACGCCACUGCAAACAGCUGCUUGGUUCACGCCCUUAGCCGUUGGUGGGAUGUUCCUUGCAAUAGGUGGUGGCCUGGCAUUGCACCUUCUGUCUGGCCGUAUCCUGCUGAUCAUCUCAUCACUCGGAUUCUUGGCUUCGAGUCUUCUAUUCGCCUUAAUACCCGACCAGUCAGCCACAGGCGAUUCGACCUCUUUCGUAUACUGGGCGUACGUGUUCCCGUCGAUGCUCUGUGGCACGAUCGGCGUGGAUAUAACAUUCAACGUAACAAACAUAUUCAUCACAACAGCAAUGCCCGCCCGCCUGCAAGCAACAGCUGGUGCUUUGAUCAAUAGUCUCUUAUAUCUUGGCAUGGCAUUCUGGCUAGGCAUCGGCGAACUUGCUGUAUCCACAACAGUGGACUACAGAGGUGGCGAGGAUAGUUUGAGUCUACGCCAGCAGUAUCAAAUAGGCUUCUGGCUCGGAGUUGGUCUCUCGGGGCUAUCACUAUUACUGAACUCCACCAUCAAUCUUGGUGAAGCAUCUGCCGAUGAGACAGCGGAUGAGAAGGCCCUGAGAGAACAAGCCCGGGCCCAAGCACAGACUCAGGGUCAACUACGGCAGGAAUGA